UACUCAUUUUUAUGGCAUUUAAUUAUUGUUUACCUCUCUAUAUGUUGUAUUUGUGCCUUAUACAUGUUAUUGUUUUAUACAUUUCUGUAUUUGAUUUUGAGGGGUGUGUCUGUUCCUAGCCAAUAUUAUAUCACCUGGAGCUGGUUACGAUCGAUUUGCCUUCAGCAGAUGGCACUGUAGUGCAAGUUUUCACAACAACCAUACACGUUUUCCCCCACACUACUGCUAUUCAACGUGUUCGACACAUGCACAAGCACAUUUGCCCAACCCCUGCCUCUCUCACACAGCGUAUACGCAGUACAAGCGUCCUUAGAGAUGCACACACAGUGCCGCAGUUUAUCUACACUAGAAUAUAUGGAGCUGGGUAGAGAUGUAACCUCAAGCUGGAGAUGCUGAGGAGGCUGGUGCGCAUCACAGAAGUUGCGGAAAAGGCAUUGAAGCACUUAUUGUGUUUUUACUUUUUGUAAUAUCCCUGCGUCGGAAUAAUUUGAUCAUAACAGAAAGAAUCUAAACUCAAAUGCUGCAAGUGAAGUUACCGAUCAAGUAAGUUCUCGCAACAUCUAUGGACCGCAACACUAAACGCGUGGAUUAUUUAGUGCCAUGCGUAAAUAGACUGGCGUGAAACUCAAGAAAUUUUACGCGUGCGUUUAUCUGACAAUUGCGGUUGUCUCGUCAUGUCUACGAUCAGAAGGAAAUUCGGCGAUGACUAUCAGGUGGUGAACACGAACCGGGGCAUGUCGUUUUCUGCCCCGGCUAAAAGAAAGCGCCAGCGAUUUGUGGAGAAAAACGGACGCUGCAACGUCCAGCACGGUAACCUUGGCGGGGAGACCAGCAGGUACCUCUCCGACCUCUUCACCACGCUCGUGGACUUAAAGUGGCGUUGGAACAUGCUCAUUUUUCUCUUAACGUACACGGUCGCGUGGCUCAUAAUGGCAUCUAUGUGGUGGAUCAUCGCGUACAUCCGUGGAGACCUCGGGCACGGCCACGACGAGUCGUACACACCGUGCGUCGCCAACGUUUACAACUUUCCCUCCGCUUUUCUGUUCUUCAUUGAGACCGAGGCGACCAUAGGCUACGGGUACAGAUACAUAACUGAGAAGUGCCCAGAGGGCAUCAUACUUUUCCUGUUCCAGUCCCUCUUGGGCUCGAUCGUGGACGCGUUUCUCAUCGGCUGUAUGUUCAUAAAGAUGUCACAGCCCAAGAAGCGCGCAGAGACGCUCAUGUUCAGCCAGGACGCGGUCAUCUCACAACGGGACGGGAAGCUGUGCCUCAUGUUUAGGAUCGGGAAUCUCAGGAACAGCCACAUGGUUUCGGCACAGAUCAGGUGCAAGCUCAUCAAGUCCCGUCAAACCCCCGAAGGAGAAUUUCUCCCACUGGAUCAGAGGGAAUUGGAUGUGGGAUUUGGAACAGGUGCUGACCAGCUCUUUCUUGUCUCACCCCUGACGAUAUGUCAUGAGAUCAAUUCCAAGAGCCCAUUUUUCGACCUGUCCCAGCGCUCCCUCAUGAACGAGCAGUUUGAGAUUGUUGUCAUUUUGGAAGGCAUUGUGGAAACUACAGGCAUGACGUGUCAGGCACGCACAUCUUACACAGAGGACGAGGUGCUGUGGGGUCACCGCUUCCUCCCUGUCAUGUCACUAGAGGACGGUUUCUUCAGGGUUGACUACUCGCAGUUCCACAAUACGUUUGAGGUGCCCACGCCCCCAUACAGUGUAAAAGAGCAAGAUGAGAAGUCAUCCCUCCCCUCCCCUGGUCCUCUUCUCUCCCCUGCGAUGAUCGACGGGCGCAGUCGCCGAGAACGGAUCUUCUCUUUAGACGGGGUUCCUCACGCUGAAGAACCAGGGUCCAAAUUACCCAGCAAGCUCCAGCGUAUGAGCUCCAAGAAUGGAAAAGAGGUCCUCAAACCUGGAAUCACUCAGCCAACGGAAAAGGCCUCAAGCACGGGAGACCUGCCUCUCAGGGUUCAGAGACUCGGAUCGUUGUUGUGCCAAGAGGAGCCGGAAAAUCUGCUCCAGUUAAAGGCUCUAAAGAUGGGUUCAGAAGCCCACACCCAGUCAGCAGGAGAACUGGAGCAUCAUAGACUGCUCCUAAUGACUGCUUCUGUUCCAGGGCCAAACCUCAACACAUUACCCAUGUCCAGUGGACGACCGGAGGACAACCUCCCACCUAAAUUACGAAGAAUGAAUGCAGAUCACUGAACAGAUCUGGGAUGAACAUUGAGAGGUGGCUCUUAAAAUCAUGUAAUAAUUUGAAUAAUAUUUAUUUAUUUAUAAGGGUAUAGAUUCUUUCUCUUUGACCUUAUGAAAGAGCUGUGUCUCUUGUCAAAAAUCAUCGCUUUAGCCUCAAUUUGAGCAUUGUAGACAUUCUGAGGUUAAUCUGAAUUUAAAUAAGCCUAAUACAGUAUACUGUAUUGAUGAAACCGUCAAUAGAAGUUAAGCACCUUCAUGGAAUUAUAAACACAAAAUGUAUUUCUUUGCAUAUUUAUAUAAGUAAUUUAUCAUGUAUUUACUUAGAGGAAAGUGUACUGAUAUGUAUGUACUGGCUUUUAAGGCUUUUUGUCACAUUUCUGUCAGCAAUAUACAGACUGAAAGCCAAAUGACUUUAGAAUUCACACAAAAAAAAUGGUCUCAUAUAUUCACUCCAUUUUUAUCCAUUAAUACUAAAAGUCAAAAAUGAAAGUAGUUUGUUUUUUACAGAUAUCUCUCAUAUUGGGCACUAAGUGGUAGCUGACAAUUAUUGUGCAGAUUCUCAACACAGAUUUUUAAUCAUUUAAUAGUUUGUAAUUUGAAGAAUUUCAUUAUUCAAUAAUUUCUAUUAUAAUAAAAUAUUUCAGAGAGCAUUACUUCUGUCUGCCUGUCUCUGUGUAACGUACGUCACUUGUGACGCUCAGACGUGCGAUCCGAGGCAUGUUACGUUGAGCAUGUAAUUGAAGUCGUUUGCAUCAGGUCCCAUCUGUGUAAAGGCCCAAGACCUGCGAGUCUACUACUGCUAAUGCUAAUCAUCAUCUCCUUGGAAACAUCCUGGCCCUUACCUCAGGCAGUGGGAGGAAGUGGAAGGAAGUAGAAGUAAUUCAAUUCAUCCUCAAGAAGGAAUAACUCACUCUCUCGCAUGAACAUGCCGUUAAACUUCAUUACUCUUAAUUGUGGAUGCACAGAGGUUCUAAUAUUGUUCAUUACUUAUGCAAUUCAUUUUUCAGGAAACGCAGCAGUGUCCGGUGAGGAUAGUAAAUAUCAGUUUAUCCUGGGGGACACAAAGCGAGGCAGUGCAUUUAAUCCCUGUUAAUGCGAAUCAUAAGUAAGAAAUACAAGCAGAACAAAACCAGAUGAUUAAUGUGAUCUUAUUAUUCGAAAUCCAUAAAGCAGAAAGAUGUACUUAUACAUCUUUAAUUUACAAGAUAAGAUUUGCUGUUUGGCUAUAUUUAGUGAAAUUGGAUUAAAAUACAUUAUUUCAAUCUUAAUUGUAUGAUAUAUAUUUAAAACGCGCUUACUGCAUUACUUUUUCAACAAAUCUACUGAUCCAGAGCAGUCGGUUGUAAUUUCUUCCAACUCUUUUCCUGGGAGAGCAGGAGAUGAGACACAGAAGUGCUUUUCUGUCAUGAAGGAGUGUAGCUGACCCUCACUAAAAGUGAAAGGUUAUUUUCCGCCUUUUGACCGGGUGCCAAGAGAGUCUGCAGCCUUGACUGAGACGAUAUAUCGAUCGCCGGGUGCCGUCACAUCGGCCUGGACAAAUGUUACAUCUGAAUAAUCUCUUCUCCAGAGAUGAAGAAACACAGACGCAUAGAAAUGUGCUCGGAAAGUCAGAGGGAUCAUCCACACAAGUCUGAUUAUCCGAGUCGACAGCUCCUUCAACACAGUGGUUGGUAUUGAUGUUAACAGUCAGUCAACUUCUCUGCCUUCGGUACAUGUUGUGAAAUUUAGGUGGUUCUUACAACUGAACCUAUAUUGUCUUGACUUUCAAAUAGAACUUGAUCGAUGAAUUAAAGGGAUAAUUCACUCAAAUAUGAAAAAUCUUUCAUUACUUACCUUCAAAUUCAACUUGUAUGAUUUUCUCUUGCUUCAGAAUACAAAAGAAGAUAAUUUGAAGAAUGUUAGUGCCUUCUGUAAACAGCAUUGGCUUAAAAAGGUUCACUGUAAAAAAAAUACCCGUAAAAAACGGAAAUUUUCUGUAAACUGGAAAAUUAUAGGAUAAUAGGAUAAGGAUAUAUGUUAAAUUGUUUUCCCCAUUUUUCUUGUAAAUGUGUUGUCUUUUUUGUAAUUUUAUC